AUGGCAAACAUAGCGGUAAAUGCUGACGAGUAUAAAGCAGUGGCCACACAGGGUCGCAAUUUUACGGGUAAAGUAGCCAUGGUCACCGGAUCGGGUUCGGGCACCGGUGCCUCAAUUGUCAAACUAUUGUCCGCAUUGGGCGCCCACGUCGUGGUCACCGGCAGGGAUGAGACACUCAUUCAUAACGUGGCUAAAGAGUGUCAACAAAUGUCACCUAAAAAUUUAAAGCCAUUAGUAGUGGUGGCCAAUAUAAUCAACACAGGUGAUUUGAAAACACUAAUCGCCACCACAAUUACCACAUUUGGCCGACUGGAUGUGUUGGUCAACGCCGAGACUAUCGCCCCCUUCACAGACAUAUGGGACACAAAUCUGGUGAAACACUUUGACGAGACAAUUGCUGUUGAUGUCCGGGCGAUACUAGAGUUGACACAACUGGCCGUUCCGCACCUGGAGGCCACCAAAGGCACUGUCAUUAAUAUGUCCUCUAUUAGUGGUAUAGCACCGGCCGAAUUUUCCAUACCAUACACUGUGGCCAAAGCGGCCUUAGAUAUGCUGAGCCGAGUGCUGGCCAUACAUUUGGGCCCCAAAGGUGUGCGAGUGAAUACUGUCAACCCGGGUAUUGUGCAACAUGCUGGCCAGAUUAAUAAGUAUACAGAGUUGACUGAACGCAUAGCACCGCUCAAACGUAACAGUGAGCCCCUGGAUGUGGCCAAAGCGGUGGCAUUCCUGGCCUCUACCGAUGCUCGCAAUAUAACCGGCAUUAAUCUGGUGGUCGACGGCGGAGUGAUAUUUAAUAAUGGUUAUUUUAACGCGGAA